AUGGCGAGGAUUCGGUGCUCUCACCACCGCGACCCGACCACAAUCACUGGCCGGGAGCUGAAACCCUGCUUCAAGCCGCUGCAAGGCCAAGGCCACCAGAGAUCAGAGGUGUACGUGGGCGCACAGCCAUCUUGCUCCCGCUCCUGGCUCUCGUCUGUCUGUUCCCGUUUCGACUACGACGAUAAGCGUCUCCUCACCAUUAUCCACCCCAUCAAUGACAACUUCCAAAUCAUGAGCAGCCCCUGGGGAGAGCGGUACAAUAUCUUUCCGAGCCUCCCGGACUGGGUUCCCGGGCUGCACCAACACCUUUUCCAGAACUUCGGACGCAUGAAGAACUUCAUCGCCCGCAGCGUCCGUGACCACCAGGCCUCCCUCGACCCAAACUCUCCCCGGGACUUCAUUGAUUGCUUCCUUACCAAGAUGGCACAGGAGAAGCAGGGCCCGCUGAGCCACUUCCACAUGGAUACUCUGCUGAUGACCACACACAGUCUGCUCUUUGGAGGCUCCGAGACCGUGGGUACCACGCUGCGCCACGCCUUCCUCGCGCUCAUGAAGUAUCCAAAAGUGCAAGCCCGCGUACAGGAGGAGAUAGACAGCGUGUUGGGACGCGCGUGGCUGCCUGCGCUGGAGGACCGAGCAGCCAUGCCUUACACAGAUGCGGUGAUCCACGAGGUGCAGCGCUUCGCAGACGAUCCCAUGAGCUUUCUACACCGCGUCACUCGGGACACGACUUUUCAAGGCUUCCUGCUACCACGGGGCACGGAUAUCAUCACCCUCCUUAAUACAGUCCACUACGACCCCAGCCAAUUUCUGACGCCCCGGGAAUUCAACCCUGAGCAUUUUCUGGAUGCCAAUCAGUCCUUCAAGAAGAGCCCUGCCUUCAUGCCUUUCUUAGCCGGUGAGAGCAGGCUGUGCCUGGGCGAGUCGCUGCGGCGCCGGGAGCUCUUCCUCUUCCUCACCGCCAUCCUGCAGAGCUUCUCGCUGGAGCCGCUGGGGGCGCCCGAGGACAUCGACCUGACCCCGCUCAGCUCCGGUCUCUGCAAUUUGCCGCGGCCUUUCCAGCUGUGCCAGCGCUCGCGCUGA